CAAGAUGGCUGCCAAUUUAUGAGAAUGCAAGGACGAGUAGAAAAGUGAUAUACGUUUGUUUAGUAACUUCACUUUGGAUUUGUAUUACAAACUUUAUUUGAAUAAUACUAGUCUUGUGAAUGUGUUUUUGUGCAAUUUGUUAUGAUAAAUCAAUGUUUAUAAAAUCAUCUGUGCAAUAUUGCGUUGAAAAGCAUAAAAAAUGUUCAGUGUUACGUUGUGAUCGUUAUUUACACAGUGGAAGUCCUUUUUGGGCUGUAAUUAUGCUUGUUAUUGGAUGAUACCUGUGAUAUCAUCUCUGCGGCAAUGGAAAAGGCGAAGGCGUACAUAAAGAGUUCGCUGAACGCGGGCGCUACGGCGACGCCGCCGCCGGCGGGGAACGGCACGGCGACGGUGCCGGCCGCCAAGACACCGCCCUCCCCGCCCCCGCCCCGCGAUGGUGAAGAGCGCCUGUGCUUCGCGUGCGGCGGGCCCAGCUACAGCGACCAGUACACCGUGCGGGUCAAGCCGGACCCUCAGAGCUCGGAGCCAUAUUUUCCAUUCCUGGGUGCGCACGCGCCGCCUACGGGCUACCGCGCAGACGGCGACGAGGAGGGCACGGUGCGGUGCUGCUGUGUCUGCUACACCUUCCUCAGGCACCAGUGGGAGCAGUACGAUCGCGAGAACAAACCCCACAGCCAGCGGUUCUACUGGAUGAAGAGGCUCGAUGGGAAACCUUUUAUCGGUGCGGACAUGUCGUUCCAGGGUGAGUACGCUGCCCAGGUGCUCGGGCUGGGCGCGGAGACGAACGCCAGCAGAGAGGAGACCACGCCCCUCCCCGCGCCGACCACGCCCCGCCCCGCCUCUCGACCGAGCGACGCGCCCGCGAGGACUGCGUCGCCGAAAAAGGAAAACAAUCACACCGGGAAGUUUAAUAAUCGGUAUAACAACGCUGCUGGCGGCGGUGGCGCGGAGGAAGAAGGCGUGUUGGACUUACGUGCGCGCGACCCCUCCGUCAUCUCCGUGGGCUCGCAGCACUCCGGUGUCUCCGAGCCCGUGGGAUACCUGGACGCUGUAAGAUCAACAGUGUCCGUGUACUCGGGCAACUCCAACUCGAGUUCCGACCGCGACAUCCUGGACCUGUCGAUGCCGGACAAGAACUCGAUGACGGAGGUGUGCUACGUGUGCGGCGAUGAGUACAAGCGCGGAACGCUGUACAACCUUCACACUAAGGAGCCUAAGGAGAAAACGGUUAGUGUUGUGAAGAACAAGCAGCCGUACUUCCCGAUAUUCGGGGAGCAGCACCCGCGGCCGCCGCGCUCUCGGCCGAAGGACGCGCAGGGCACCGUGCGCGCCUGCGCCGCCUGCCACCACCAUCUGCAGCAGCAGUGGAACACCUACCAGAUGCGUGGCGUACCGCCGCACGAGCGAGCGUACACGCUGCGGACGCGGCCGCCGUCGCUGCUGCCGCCGUCGCCGCUCAGCCUCGCCUCCUCUGACCGCGCCGCGCCCGCGCACUCGCCGCUAGAACGGCCGCCCUCACAGGCGACGGCGUCGUUCGUGUGCUACGUGUGCGGCGUGUCGGCGGCGAGCUCGCAGCUGCGGCUGGUGUACUGCUGCGCGAACCCCGAGCGCGAGCCCUACUACCCCUUCAUCACCUCGCUCAAACCCCACCCCGACGCCAGCCCCAUCAGCCCGCAGGGCAUGGUGCAGAUCUGCGCGUCGUGCUACAAGAGCAUUCCCCACAAGUAUCCCGCCUACAGCGAAAAUGGUGAACCCAACCCGGCUCACAAUAACUCGCAUAAUAAUAUUAGAUUUAAGCCGUAUGAUAUGAAGAGUCCGUCGGGUCAGGCGACCAAGCGGCCGUCCAAUGCGCUCUCCAGCAGUCCACAUAGUCAAAUAGUUUCUGGAGAGAACGGAAUGGGCUUAUAUAGGUGCUACGUGUGCGCGGGUCUAUUCCCGCAGCAGUCCAUGGAGUGGCUGUCGACGACGGCGGAGUACAUGAACUCGCACGCCAUGCACUUCCCGUGUCUGGCGGGCGCGGGUGCAGGCGCGUCGCGCGGCGGCCGCGUGCUGGCGUGCUCGCGGUGCGUGCGACAUCUAGCGCGACAGUGGGAGCUGUUAGACGCUGAGCGAGUGCCGUUAGAACAUAGAAGAUAUAACAUACCUUCGCCACUGCCGUCGAACUCUUCGAUGAACGGCGACCGAGUUAUACCCACCCCACCCUCCACCACCUCCGACCGGACUGUAGCGAGCAAUAGUGCGUGUACGUCGAUAUAUUGCUUCCUGUGCGGUCUGCACUCGGACUUCACGCUGGCGCGGAUACUGUACGGCCAGCCGCAGGGCAACGCGCCCUACUUCCCGUGCCUACUCACGCAUCAGAGUCAUCCGAACGCGGAACAGUUGCGUGAAAAUGGUUCUGCUCUAGUCUGUACAUUUUGUUACCACUCGUUAUUAAGCCAAUGGAGAAGAUACGAAGCGCUGGGCGGGUACCCGGCGGAGCGGCGCGUGUACAACACGCACGACUACCACUGCCAUCUGUGCGGUAUCAAGACUUAUCGCAAGAGAGUGCGCGCGCUGCCUAUUAAGGAAUUUCCAUUUUUAAUGCAGAGGCGAACGGAGAAUUCAUUAUUAUUAGAAAAUGGCGAUUACGCCGUAGUAUGUUUAGAUUGUUAUGAAAGUUUAAGAACGCAGGCGGCGGACUACGAGCGACGCGGCGUGCCGGCGGAGAAGCGCGAGUACAACUGGCUGCAGCAGCCGCCGCCGCCCGAGGACAGUGCCGACGUCACCAUCGCGCGGCUGCCCUCCGGCGACCGCUCCGACAAGCUGUACGAUCUGACGCAGAUACCUCAGUCGCUGGUGAUGUCGCGGUGUACGACGAAACGGAACAGCCCCAAACAGAACGCGCUCGCAGACAGAAGACUGCCCGCCAAAACGGAUAAGGAUACAGGUGUGAGCGCGAGUAAGAUCGCCAAGCGGACGGACAUAGCCCCGAACAAGGGCGGUCCGUUCGCGGCCGCGCUCCGCACGCUGGCCAAGAACGCCGGACCGGACGCCAAGGACGGUGCGACGAGCGGUGCCGCGAGCGCGCCCGCCGAGCGCGACAAGGACAAGCCGCCGCCCGCGCCCGCCAAGCGCGCCUCGCCCCACCACCUGCCCGCCAGCGGCUUCCAGCCCUACAGACCUGACGAUAGAUUAUCCCACCCCGCGGCUACGUUCCCGUUGCUGGACUCGGCUGCGUACUCCCCAUACGCGCAUCCCUCGCUCUACUCCAGCGCAGCGCUGCAAUACAGACUAGCGGCGGAAGAGCAAAUGUACCUGGAAAGAGUGUUCCGGGGCGGCGUCGGCGUCGGCAUGGGCGUGGGCUGGCUGCCGCCGUACGCGCUCUACCCGCCGCUGGCCCCGCCCCUGCCGCUCGUGCCGCACGCGCCCCACGCGCAUGCGCCACACGCCCCGCACGUCCCCCACCCGCCGCACGCGCCGCACGCCCCUCACGCGCACUCGCACGCCCACCCGCCCCACCCCAUACACGAGGACCGCGAGAAGGAGAUAGCGCUCCAGCGGGAAAGAGAACGGGAGAGGGAAAGAGAAAGAGAGCGCGAGCAACGCGAGAAGGAGCAACGUGAACGUGAGCGAGAGAGAGCGGCGAGAGAGAAGGAGAGAAGCCUGCACGGGGCUGCAGUGGUGCCGCCGCCCGCCGCCGCGCCCGCGCCGUACGGCCUGCCGCGCGCGCUGCCGCCGCCGCUGCUGUACCGCCCCUAUCGGCCGUACGCGUACGAGGCGCGAGCGCCGGAGCCCGAGCCCGAGGCGGAGGCCGAGCCCCGCGGUGAGCCCCCCGCGUCGCCGGCUGCGCCCCCCGCGCCCGCCGCCCCCGCCGCGCCGCCUGCGCCGCACACGCCGCAGCCCGCCCCCGCCUGA